AGCCUCAAACAGAGCCUCAAACAGUUGAAAGAACUGUUCGAAGAAGGACUAAUAACUGAGAAAGUAUACGAAGACAAGCAGAAGACACCUCUUGGUCAACUGGGACAAGAAGGGUUGCUUAAUGUCGUCAACGAGAUGAAGCGGGAGGUGAAGCGGAAAUUGGAGGAUAUAGAUUAUAACGUGGAGAGGAUGAGGUUGAUGUCUGCUGGAAAUACAACAUUCUUCACUUCCGAUAACGAAACAGAUCGUGGAAUGUAUAUUAUGGAGGAUUCGAAUAACAUAAUCAGCUUCCCCUUUGAGGCAGAGAUUCCGCAAUCGAUCAGCCAGAUCGGCAUAUCCGAACGCGCCCACAAAGGACGUUUUCAUGACCCACCCGAUUCGGAUAGUGAAGAGGACUAUCAACAGUAUUUUUUACGACAUUCCGUUGCUUUGACAAGUAACAUCACAAUUCACGAUACUUAUAAAAUGCCAAUCCUUGACAGAAGGAAACCAGACUUUGUUGGAGUUGCAAAGGACUGGCCACUCGAUGCACUCAAUGUCAGUCUGGUUAUAGAGAUUAAGCCAUAUAGGUCAGCCGCCUUUUCACAUGCAGAUGUUGGGCAAUUAGCAUCAUUUGCUGACAGAGUUCUUCGAAUCCAACCAACACGUAAAUUUGUUUAUGGCAUUCUUUCUGACUGUCACCACAUCAUGCUUUUGAAAGCAGAGAGAACGGAAGAGGGUACUAUCUUUUACCGAACUAUGAAGGCGAACAUCAAGAACAAAGGUCUUGGCUGGAACUGGCUUGUUACACUUCUGCAUCGGACUCCAGCUGAACUAGGGUGGCAAGAGUCUGAAAUUUUUUAUAAUUCAGGGUCUAAUUGCGUCAAGCUUGUGAGAUUGCUG